CUCCUUUACCACCCUGAGAUACACUCGAAUAUGUCUCUCGGAGCAAUUUGGACACAAUUCUUCCCACCACGCAACGGCGCACCGCUAACAGAAACUAAUUUGUUAAGCCAAGCCGGCAAGGUGUUCAUCGUAACAGGCGGGUCAUCCGGGAUAGGAUAUGAGACCUCACGGAUCUUGUACGGUGCGGGUGGCAAGGUAUAUAUGCUUACGCGAUCGAAAGACAAUGCUGAAGAGGCUAUUACCCGCAUAAAGACACACUAUGUCCAAGAUGGGGAUGUGAAUGUGAAGACAGGGAGCUUACAUUUCAUACAAAUGGACGCUGCGGAUUUUGAGAGUGUCAAAAACGCUGCCCGAAAAUUCUUGGAGCUCGAGGAGUUAGAUGGGAGGCUCGAUGUCUUGUUCAAUAAUGCGGGUGUUGGCGCUCGGAAAAAUGCUCCUCGAACUCCCCAGGGACACGAACAUCAUUUUGCUACCAAUUCUAUUGGGCACCACUUACUCACCCGAUUACUUGCCCCUAUUCUGUCUAGAACAGCUAAGAAGUCCCCGAAGGAUACAGUGCGUGUCGUGUGGGCCGCGUCAGUUCUUGUCGAUGUGAUAAGUCCUCAGGGUGGGAUCCGGAAAGAAUAUUUACAGGAUCCCUUCAGUAUUAUGAAUCAAAAUGAGCUAUACGCCUCUUCUAAAGCCGCAAACUGGUUCCUAGCUUCAGAAUUCGCACGCCGGCAGUCCGAGACUGGAGCUUUCGGCACGGGAGUUGUCCAUAUAGCCGCCAACCCGGGGAACUAUAUCACAGGAAUAUGGCGUACCGUUCCCCUGCUUCAAAUUAUUCUUAGACCUAUCCUCCGCUAUCCUAUACACGGUGCUUACACGUAUCUCUGGACGGCAUUCUCAGACUCGGUCACUAUGGGUGAUGCGGUGACAGGACGGUAUGCGAUUUGUGAUGGGAGAUGGCAUCCUGGACAGAGAAAGGAUCUUCUUCUAGCGCUGAGAGGGGAGGAAGAAGGGGGGUCGGGACGGGCAAGGGAGUAUUUCGAGUGGUGCGAGGACAAAGUAAAGGAAUUUAUGGGCUAA